AUGAGUGGGGACAGUGCCGUCGAUGACGAGCCAACGGCAUCGGUGAUAUCUGGGCAGUGCCGUGAAAUCGAAGAGGGUGCCUGGGUAAGCCGGCCGGCAUUAGUUGCACUGCCAUGGAAGAACCAAGGAGGCAAGAGCGGUGCCACGAGCUACUUGCGUGGAUGCAAGCGCGAAAGCAGCACAUCUUCGCGACGGGCAAUGCAGUUUGGCUGGCAGGAUUAUGGCCCGAAUAAAGAAAAUCAUGCAAUCAGGAAGAGAGCACUAGUAAGUGUAUUCGUUCUGUAA